GUUUGGCAAGGCCGUGCUCCCGGUACGCUGCCUUCAUCAGCCACGACUGGAAGACGUCUCGAGCGCUGAAGUUCUUGUCUCUGCUCGUCCUCUACAACGCACAGGCGGCGGCUGUGUCCACAUUCCUGGUGAGCUUGCUGGGUGGUAUCCUGAUUUCCUGUGAGCUCGUUCCAGACAGUGACUUCGCCUUUGCCAUAGGGUUCUUGAACUUUAUCGUGGUAUUCUUUUUCUGGCAGAAUAUUCGAGACGUCUUUCUCAAGCCCCAAGUUGCAUUUCUGGACAAGCUGUGCAUUCCACAAGACGAUGAGAACCUCAAGGACGAGUGCAUCCUGGGCCUGGCAGGAUACCUGAGAGUCUCGCAGAAACUCGUUAUCCUCUGGUCAGAACGCUACUUCAGGCGUUUGUGGUGCAUCUACGAAGUCGCGGCCUUUCUUCGAGCGAAUCCAAGUCCGGGAGCCGUCUCCAUCGUGCCUGUAACGAUGCCAUUGCUUCUGCUCUUGCACUGCUCAUGGUGGUUCCUGGCUCGCACGUGCCUUUAUCUGAUGUGGCACAAGUUGAUUGGCACAGAAGCUAACCGGACAAUGCUCGUUAGCGCAGCUCUUGCUGUGGCAUUUGUCGUCACAUUCCCCUUGCAGUCGCGCGCUGGAAUGCAUUUGAGCCAUAAUCUCAACAAGCUCACUGCGCAGCUUGGGCAGUUCAACAUACAUCGCACGGAAUGUUCUUGCUGCUCGAAGAAUCAUCGGCACUCACACACUGGUGCUAUCAUUCGCUGUGACCGAGAGCUGGUCUACCAGACUCUGGCGAAGUGGCACGGCAAGGAUGAAGACCCAGAAGAUCGGUCCUUGGACUUGUUUAGCCAGACGGUGAGGAGCCAGCUUGCGGGUAGCAUCUUACAUGCAUGGGGAAGCAGCGCCGUGCCGCUACGGUUCUUCUCGUAUACCUUCAUGAGCACACAGACUCCGUUCCUGUUCCGUGCCAUCCCAGACUUCGUGAAUGACUUGUCGGAGAACAACAUUCACGGCCUGCACGCUGUUGUUUGUGGAGUUCGUCACCUCCUGGGCUGGGCCACCAUGGCUCCGUGCGCGUUGUUCUACUUAUGGAUAUGCAUGAAGCUGUGGCGUCACGGCCCCCAUCCACAAUGGCCUGCUGUGGCGGAAGCAGCCAGCAUGCUUUUGACAUUGGUGGUCCUCAGCGUUGUCUGGGGAGCUAUGGGGUUGCCCCUUCUCUUGCAGGAUCCAUACAGUUUGGUCGCUCUGAUCCCUUUUCUCCUGCUGGGGGGCAUCAGCAUCUGGCUCCUGACGACGAUGGAGCAGAUUCCAGCCCAGGCUCUCGCUCAAGAGGUGGAGCCGCCAGCGAAGAUCAAGGACGUUGCGAACACAAAAGAAGAACUGUGGUUCUCUGUCUGA